CAUCUCCCUGUUGCAGAUGACAAUGAGCGUACCAGUAUUUUUACUCCUGUUCGUCAACAUGGCUAACCUGUGUGCAAAUCUAUUUAUUGCUGCCGUGCUGUUCCAGAGAGACGAAAACGUUUCAAAAGCACUAAAAGCGGUUAUGACGAUACCUCCCGUCCUCUACGAAACUGGAAUGUACUGCAUAUUUGGCCACGUCUUAACCGAUAAGAGCGAGAAGCUGAUGCAGUCGGCAUUCAGCUGUGGCUGGACAGAGAGCGACGUCCGCUUCAGACGCAGCCUGCUGCUCUUCAUGACGGCGACGGAGCGACCGGUCGAGAUCACAGUGGGCAAGACGACCAAGCUGUCUAAGGGGACGCUGCUCCAGGUGCUAAACGGAACGUAUGGGCUGUUGAACAUGCUUUAUCAUUUCCACAGCAGUCUGUGAAGGAUUGGCAGUCUAACACACACUGAGAAAAUACAGUCCAUGUUGUGAGAAUAUC